GCUUCAACCAGGACAGACCGCGCACAGGAGUGUGUCUUGGAAGGAUUUUCUUUAAAGAACGAGACUGCCGUUUUCUUUUCACUGUUUCACUUUUCUCACUGCAGUUUUACCGGGACACAAGGAGUUUACAGUGCGAAGGCGUUUUUUCUUGUGGUCUACCACCCACGAUGAGUGGACCGGCUUACGACAAGAAAAUUCCCGGUAUUUUAACUGAUCUCCCGGGCUCUAUGAGUUGCCACCCGACAUCCAAGGACUCUCCGACUCUACCCGAGUCGUCAGCCACGGACAUGGGUUACUACAGUGGCCAAACGACCCACAGCCAUCAUGAAUACUACCAAAGUCAACACUAUGCUCAGCCUAUGAACUCCUAUCACCAAUUUAACCUGAGUGGAAUGGGAGCCACGGGGGCAUAUCCGACGAAAACAGAAUACCCGUACGGCAAUUCAUACCGACAGUAUGGACACUAUAACCGAGACUUGCAGACGCCACCUCAAACUGCAGUGAAGGAAGAGGUAGAAACAGAGGUCCGGAUGGUCAAUGGUAAACCGAAGAAGAUCCGCAAGCCGAGGACAAUCUACUCCAGCUACCAGCUCGCGGCCCUGCAGAGACGCUUCCAGAAGGCGCAGUAUCUGGCGCUACCCGAGAGGGCGGAGUUGGCAGCCCAGCUCGGCCUGACUCAAACACAGGUAAAAAUUUGGUUCCAGAACAGAAGAUCCAAGUUCAAGAAGCUUUACAAAAACGGUGAGGUUCCUCUGGACCACAGUCCGAAUGCCAGCGACUCCAUGGCCUGUAACUCUCCGCCAUCCCCUGCCAUUUGGGACAGUAACGCGCACGCCAACCCGGUGGGCCGGGGACAAGUGCCGCAACCUCCUCUCAGCUCGACGCCCCCCUACCUGGAAGAUUACAGCAACCACUGGUACCAGCAGAGCACGCACUUACAGCACCCGGGACCGGUGCAUCAUCCGGCCGCACAGCAGAGCGUCGGGGCGGUGUAUUAACAGACUCAUACCGUAAAGUUUACAAUCAAAGAAAGAGACUUUUAGCACCCACAGUCUGCCCCCCUCCCGUCACACUCUCUCUCUCUCUCUCUCUCUCUCUCUCACACACACACACACACACACACAGACACACACUAAAACACACACUAACACAAACACACACAUACAUGCACACAAAAGAUGUGCUGGUUUUGAAAGACUGUUCAUAAAUAAGCUGAGAAAAUUACAAGCGUGAGUGGGUCUAAAGUGCUAAGCGCGCCUGGCCGUGACGCAUCACGGCCUCUCAAGUGGGGUUUCAAUGACCUCUCCUUAGGAGGUGCAUGUCGGCUGUUUUGUAAUAUUUAAAAAGAAGAAUGCCGUGGUUUUAAAUUAUUAUGUUUUAUCGAUCCUGUUCUUUUCAUUGUAUUUUGUUAGAUAUGCAAUCAAGUUUGCUUUUCGACAAAUCUAAAGAAUUUAAUAAAUACAAAAUUGUGCUGUUGUCCCACACGUGGCUGUGUAUGUGGGCUAAGCAGUGCGCAUCUCCGAAUCUCAGGUCAUAAAUUAUAAAAAAAAAUGUACAAAAUGUUGAAAGUUGUAUAUGUAAAAUUACAGAACCACUGCAUCAUAUUCUUCUGAAACAAAACAAUUACUGCACGGUGGUACCGAUAACAUUUUUAUUACCCUGUAAUUAGUUGAUAUUAAUAUUCUGUCGAGAUGAAUAAAUUGCAAUACUUUA